GCGGCACGGAGCGGCACGGACACGGGCCGUGCCGCGGGGCUGGCCCUCCCGCCGGGGCUGGUGCUGGGGCUGGUGCUGGUGCUGGGUGCUGAGGCCGCUCUGACAGCGGCCAGGAGCUGGGACUGCCGGCAGUCUGCAGCUCGCCUGCUGACGUCAGCACCAGGUCAUGGACACAGGUCGGCCGGUGAGCAGCCAGAGGCGCCAGAGCACCAUCUACGAGACCAGUGAGCAGGUCGGCCACAACCACCAGAUCACCGUGCAAAAAUGCACCAUGUCGGCCAUCUGUUUCGUCUGCAGCCUGCCGAUCCUCAGUCACCAGGUCGGUCUGGUCUGGAAGGGCGGCAGUGGCGCCGACGAGUUCGCCGCCUCGCAGCCGAUCGUGACGCGAAGACGCGACUCGACUGUCCCUCUGGGCGCUGCCGCCGAGCCUCUGUCGCCGCCGGGGAGGCCGCGUCGCCGCCGCUCCUCGCUGGCGCAGCUCACCGACCUGAUCCGCGACUGGGGACGCGGCGGAGACCGGCGCCGCGCCGAGCUGGCGCGAUGCGACACGGUCGCCGACGCCGCGCCCCCACGCUCGCUGCCAUUCGCGCGACGCGAUUCGGACACUCGCGAUCCUCCGCCGCUGGCGCGGCUGACAGAGGCGGUCCCGCCCCGCGGAGGCAGGCGCCAGUCGCUCGCAGAAGGAAACCUUCUGAAAGGGAAGCGGCGCGGCGAGGGUAACGAUCUGCGCUCCGACAUCUCGCGGCUGCUGGCCUGCCGUGAGACAAUGACCGAGCUCUGGCGAAAACGCCGCGAGACGAAGGAGGGCAAGGCUGAUCGCGGCGAGCGACGACCGAGACGCCAGUCGGCAGCGACGGUGGCAUCGCCGCGAGAUAUCAAGCCGCCUCCCUCUCCGGACGGAAAGUACAUCGAGCCUCGAGCUCUGAUCGAGGCCCGCCAGGCGUCCCUGCUCGACCACCGAGACAGUGAGUCACACGACUCGGCGGCGUCACGCGACUCGCUGGUGUCACGCGACUCGGGCGUCACACUCGCCACCGGCUGCGAGGACCGCCAGAGUCCGACUCCUGCGAGCCUGCACCACCGCGUCUCGCUGCCGACCAUCACGCCUCUGGUUCCGCGCGUCCACCCGCGCGGCUGCAUCUCGCCGGAGCCCAGCCUGGGCCUGGGCCGCGAGUCAGCCAGCCCGGCGGCUCCGGCAGCUCCGCUGUCUCGCAGCGGUGAGCUGCUGGUAUCUCCGGACGUAGCUCCCCCGGGGUCACCGCGCCACGGCCAGCUGCGCCGCCAGGGCACCACCGUCGAGGAGAGCUCGCCGGCGCCGCGCGGCCGCAGCGGCUCGCGGCCUUUCCUGUCGCCCGACCCGUUUGAGCUGGAGGCGGCGGUGUCUCUGCGCGCCCGCCGGCGUGACUCGCUCUCGCCCGAUAGCGCCGCGGAGGAGAUGAACAUGGCGCGCCGCCUGAAGAGCCACCGGCUCUCCGGUGAAGAGUCCGGCGGCCGUAGCCGACGGGGCAGUCCGCACGCGCUACACAGGUCACCAGAUGGCUCCAGUGCCAACAGCUCGCGAGACGCGUCUCCAAACUCCUCUUUCCGACGUCAGUCCACGACAGAGGAGAUCCUCAUCGCAAAGGGCUUCCGGCGACAGUCGACGACUGAAGAGACGUUCCGGAGCCGCAACUUCCGGCGCCAGUCCACCGUGUUCGAGGAUGUGGCCAGCGUGCACACCCGCUCAGAGUCGUCCACGCAAAUAGUGAAUGAAGAAGCGUCGAUGUACGACAACAAUAACUACCACGAGGAAUGUCUGCGCUGUAACUCCUGCGGACAAAACUUGACCGGGCCGAACCAGAAAAGGGCUCGACGACACAGAAACACGAUCUACUGUGACCUGCAUUUCGCCGACCUGGCACUGAUGGAGAGCUCCGACUUCAUGAAUCAGCUACGAGCCUUCAAGCCGCAGAGUCUGGGCUGCGCCGUGGCGCGCCGGAAAAGCUCCACCACACUCAUAUUUCCGCUGCCACCUCAGGCGUGCUCAGACGAGUUUUGCCGCGGCUACCCGCACAACCUGAUCGUGACACCCGGCUACUGGGUGGAGUGCUCCGGCCAGACGGCCCUGGACGAGAUCACCUGGACGCUCGGCGAGGUGGAGGAACUCGAGACGUUCGAGCAGCACGCCAUCGAACAGGACGACAGCGCGUCGAUGGAUGCCGACGAUGAGCCCGUGCUGCCGCUCUCGAUGCGUCGUCUGCUGCGCGUGCCAACCAUCCGCGCGCCGUCCCGCGACAAGACGCCUAUCGAGGAGCACUUCGAGAAGUACGGCUCCUUCGAGCUCACCUCCAUCGAACAGGAGACCUACGAGAAGUAUUUCUACGGCACCGAGCACUGGAACUACUUCACACAGGACGAGGACCUGGGACCGAUCAUCCUGAGCCUGAAACAGGAGACCAUCAACGGCAGAGACCAGUUCAGGAUCAUGGUACGGGCCAUCAGCUACACGGUGCACGGCCUCGUGCCGGCCUCGUGCGUGUUCGCCGACCGCUACAACCGCGAGGAGGUGGUGCGAUCGCUGGGCAACGAGAUCAACCUGAACCCGCCGCUGCUGCUCAGCCAGCUGCCCGACAUACCCGAGGAGCUGCUCAAACUCGACCAGGUGUUCAUCAAAUCUGAGCUCAAAGUCGGAGUCGUGUACGUAAAGGAGGGGCAAUAUACCGAAGAGGAGAUUCUCGAUAACAACGAGAGCAGCCGGCAGUUCGACGAGUUCCUAUCCAUCCUGGGGGAGCGAGUGCGCCUCAAAGGAUUCGACAAAUACAAGGGAGGUCUGGACACGGUGCACGACCUCACGGGCCUGACGUCCGUGUACACAAACUGGAGAAGUAUCGACAUCAUGUUCCACGUGUCCAUUCUUCUGCCGUACGAAAAACAAGAUAUCCAGAAGCUGCAGCGUAAACGUCACAUCGGCAACGACAUCGUGUGCGUCGUGUUCCUGGAAGCGGACGACACAUGCUUCUCACCAGCCUGUAUCAAAUCGCACUUUCUUCACACUUUCAUCGUGGUUCGCACGAGUCCAAACGCCACCAACAAGCCAACCCAGUAUCAGGUCUCCGUAGUUUCUCGAGACGAGGUCGGCGCCUACAAGCCGUACCUUUGGGAGCAGUCCACCUUUGAGAAGGGAGCCAUGUUCAGAGAGUGGCUGCUCACGAAAAUCGUUAACGGCGAGCGGGCCAGUUACUCGGCACCCAAGUUCGCGCGCAUGCAGGAGCGGACCCGCAGUCAGAUGCUGGAGGAUAUAGUGACGAACGUACAGAACCACGCGGAGACGGGACAGCUGCCAAAGCCGUACAGGCGCGGCUCGUGGCGGCCCAUCGGCCACAUGCGGCCGUCCUCACCUCUGCUCGACUCGGUCCGUGACCUGUUCGAGGGAUACGACCAGCUGGCUAAGGACUUCACCAAGGCCUUCCACAACCCCGAGCAGGAGAACCCACUCUAUGACGUCACCUUCCUGGUGGGGCAGAGCAAGCAGAAGAUGAAAAUGUACGGCGUACGCGCUAUUCUGGGCGUUCGGAGUCGCGUGUUCCAGGAGAUGCUUUACGGCUUCAGCACGGGCUUCGGCUCGCCACAGGUGUCCGUAGCCGACAUCCUGGCGCGCGCAGUGCCCACCCUGCACAGCCCCUCGCACCGUGGCAAGAGCUCCAACUUCCUUCAGGUACCCGACAUCGAGUCGCCCAGGCCGAAGAGCGUGCCCAGCUCGCCGAUGGUGGUCCGUGCCUUCAGUCGACUGGGCAGCAUCACGGCCGGUUGGGGACGCACCAGCAAGAAGCCGCCCGACACCAGCCGCCUCCGGCCCGACGACCGCAAAAAGUGGGCCAGCAGCCACGACUGCUCAGAUCGAGUGAAGCCUGAGAAGCAAGGCGACGCUCAAGACAUGGUGCCAAAGCUGUCUGUCUGCGCUGACCAACAGAAAGUAGACCGGUCAAAGCUGUGCCAAAAUGAGUUCACGAUCAUUGAGUUCGAGCCGGACACGUUCCGCGUUCUGCUCGACUACCUCCACCACGGCUCGUGCCCGCUGACCUGUAGUAGCGUGCCGGGUCUGAUCUGCGCCGCCGAACACUACGACCUGCCCGAGCUGCUGCAGGCCUGCUUCCACCACGCCAAACAGUUCCUCCGAGUCGACGUGGUUUGCACCAUGCUUGGAGCCCUAGAGAACUAUUAUUGGCGCUACACGUCCGCCUCUGAGCUGGUGAACAUGAUUCUCGCCUUCAUCGAGUCAAGACCAGGCCAGGUGUUUCAGACUGCCGGGUUCCUGGACCUGUCCGAGUCCAUGGUGCAGAUGAUCAUGUGCCGCCACCUGGACAUGUCCGAGCUGCACAAGUUCGAGGUGAUGCUGCGCUGGACGCGCCACAAGGUGCGCAGUCGACCGGCGGCAAGUCGCGCCGACGCGCGCCUCGAGUUCCGGCGCAGCAUGGAGCGUCUCGCCAGGGACGUGAAGCUCUACCGCAUCUCGCCGCAGGAGCUGAUACGCGUCGUCCUGCCCAGCAAGGCCAUCAGCAACGAGCGCAUCCUGGAGACGCUGAUGCUGCAGGCCAACUCGGGCAUGUACCGGGUCCAGGAGAGUGACCUGGAGGCCUGCCAGCGCAGCAUCAGCCGCCAGGGCUCGCGGCUCAGCAGCGAGUGGGACUCGUUCGACAAUGGUCUGUGAAGUGCGCGCGUGCGCACGGCACCCACCGAGACGGCAGCACGGCCGCGAUACACAAACAGGGCAAACGCGGCGCGCUCAUUUGAGGCCUCCGGUCCUUUGGAGUCACGGCUGAAUCUGCUUUUAUUUCAGGAACAGGAGGCGGGGUAAUUGGACUGUGCUACCCAUUGUCAGCUAUGACGGAGCCAUUCCAAAAUAGCAUACGAUUUUCUACCAGCUGAAUCGUAAAUCAGCUGUGUCGCAGGUAUCCAUGCACUGCGGUGCGUUAGUUACAUCAGAGUUAACAGUGCCUAUCUAUCCGAAAUUCCUUGAAAAAUUAUCGAGGCAAUAAUAAUAGGUAUAGGCAACGAAAUUAGCCCUUCUUUACAGGUGAAUAUUUUUUUUUUUAUUAAGCAUCAUGUUUUCAGGGAAAUAUACAUUCCGAAGGGUAGUACAUAAAAAAGCUGCAGAAUAGACCUCUAUAUAGCGGUCUACAGAGGUGUACACAGUGGUCAAUACGCUGCAACAUAAUGCCAGAUAGGAAUAAUAAUAUAAAAAACAAAUGCGACUGCCAGCAGAAGGUGUAGGCCUGUGGCACUGCAGUGCCUGUCAGGUUCAGCAGCACCAUAGAACUUUGCCAGAUGACUGUCACAGCCGGGGAACUAAUCAUCUAUACCACAGGUCACCUAUGGCUGCACCCAUGCAAACACACCGGGUGCUCUUUGUAACGGUCGGAUCACAUGGAAAGUGCUAGUGGCCCUUGUUUUCCUUUCUCCGUUUUUUUUUAAUCUUUAUAUCAGUUCAAUCCAUUUGCAGCCAUCCGAGUCAAUGAUACCAUGCAAUAUAUAUUAUACACAUACCACAUACAUACACUAGAAUAUAUAUUUCACGCCUUUUCAGUAAUGUGGUAGUUCGUUCAUCUUGAACGUACCUACCUAACGACGUUUCGCCUAGUUAUUGCUACACGACUGAAUUAAUGGUUUUGCUGGCCACAGUUUACAUUCUUUUCGCCCCAUACUCCUUCAACCAGGAAUAAUCUCGGAAAGAAAGAGAAGUUUGCUCUGGACCAGCAUUAUGUUCACAGCUAUAGCCAUGAGCCGAUGUUUCCUAUUGUUAUAAUUUCGAAUCAAUCAAGCAGCCGAAUGUGUAAUAAAUACGGGAAACGAAAAAAAACGGAAGAGAGCAAUGCCCGUCGUGUGACUUGUCUUAGCUCGAGUCAGUUUGGUGUGAACUGACAGCACUUAGCAGUCUGGCUGCCAGCCGUGACUACGGAUUGUGUGUGGUGGCGAGUGUCGGUCCCCGACCCUUGGUGGUGUUCUGUUUCGCUUUGCGCCUUCCUCGUGUCUCCCAGACCCGGUGUGAGCCGUCACACCACCGGCGUUCCACUGUUGGACGCGCCUCAGAGCAGCAUUGACAGUCGUGUCGCGGUACGACUGUCCCUCGGUGUAUGUACCUGCAGAGUGGUUCGUUGUGUUUCUCCAAACAUGCCGAGUUCAUAUGUGCCCGUUUAUCUGUGAUAAUUGUGCUCCCACCCGUCAUCCACUACCCUUGCAAGGUGUUUUCAAUGUGCCUAGGUGGUGCCCAUUCAUCUGAACCGAGUGUUAUCUGCGCGUGAGGGGUGUGCAAAGGCAACAUUUUCACGUUUGUAUCGUAUGCUGUUGUGCAAAUGUGCGCAUCUCUGAAUCGAUAUACACGUCGAAGUAUUC